CGUCGUUCAGUUUUUUUGUAUGUAGCUGGUGAAAGGUCGCUGUGGUGAAAUCGAGGCCAGGAAUCCCACAAUACUAGGCGAAGGAGCUCCUUUUCGGGGCUGAGCUUGUGGUUUUAAUCAAAGGGAAGGCGAAGAAGCGAUGCAGAGACAUGUAAGAUGGCAGAGUUACAAAUGUUGUUAGAAGAGGAAAUUCCAGCCGGCAAAAGAGCCCUGGUAGAGAGCUACCAGAACCUCACGAGGGUUGCGGACUAUUGUGAAAGCAAUUAUGUUCAGGCCCAGGACAAGCGGAAAGCUCUGGAAGAGACCAAAGCCUACACCACCCAGUCUCUGGCUAGCGUGGCCUACCAGAUCAAUGCCUUAGCCAACAACGUGCUACAGCUGCUGGACAUCCAGGCAUCCCAGCUGAGGAGAAUGGAGUCCUCCAUCAACCACAUCUCCCAGACUGUGGACAUCCACAAGGAGAAGGUUGCCAGGCGAGAGAUUGGAAUUCUGACCACAAACAAGAACACCUCGAGGACCCAUAAAAUCAUCGCCCCCGCCAACAUGGAGAGGCCGGUGAGGUACAUCCGGAAGCCCGUAGACUACACGGUGCUGGACGACGUGGGCCACGGAGUCAAGUGGCUGAAAGCUAAGCAGGGGAACAACCAGCCGGCCAGAGGAGGGACGCUAUCGAGGACCAAUCCGCCGACGCAGAAGCCCCCCAGCCCGCCCAUGUCCGGGCGUGGCACUCUCGGACGCAACACACCAUACAAAACCCUGGAACCCGUUAAGCCUCCUGUCCUGCCCAACGACUACAUGACCAGCCCCGCCCGCCUGGGCAGCCAGCACAGCCCUGGGCGCACAGCCUCCCUCAGCCAGAGGCCCAGAACUCACAGUGGAAGCAGCGGGGGCAGCGGCAGUCGUGAGAACAGCGGCAGCAGCAGCGGCGUUGGCAUUCCACUAGCGGUGCCUACGCCUUCUCCACCCACUAUGGCACCAGUAUCGUCCAUGUCCGCCCCCCCUGGGGCUCCUCCACCCCCCCCUCCUCCACCCCCGCUCCCUGGACAGGGCCCCCCCAUGGCCCCGGCUGCGAUAGGUGAGCCCUCCACCCCCCCUCCCCCUCUCUCUUUCGCUUUCUUGGUGCUUGCAGCAGUGGCCCCAGGGCCCGGUCCAGGCCCGAUUCCCAUGUCCCAGUUUGGCACGCUGUCUCGGCAGAUCUCCAGGCACAAUUCCACCACCUCCUCAGUCUCCACGGUUUCGGCCACGGGGACGUACAGGCGGGCCCCCUCCGUCACGUCCCAGUUCUCAGUCCAGCAGCCGCACAUUAACGGCGGCCCCCAGGUGUACCCCCAGAACUCAAUGUCUAUCGCACCCCCUCCUCCCCCCAUGCCCCAGCUGACUCCACAGAUACCCCUCACAGGCUUUGUGGCCAGGGUGCAGGAGAACAUCGCCGACACCCCCAGCCUCCCGCCCCCUCCUCCCCCGGACGAUGUCCCGAUGUUCGACGAAUCCCCGCCGCCACCCCCUCCACCGCCGGUGGACUACGAGGACGAGGAUGCGGCCGUCGUGCACUACAACGACCCCUAUGCGGACGGCGACCCUCAAUGGGCCCCCAAGACGUACACUGAAAAAGUGGUGGCCAUAUACGACUACAGCAAGGACAAGGACGAUGAGCUGUCUUUUAUGGAGGGGGCAAUCAUCUACAUCAUCAAGAAGAACGACGACGGCUGGUUCGAGGGGGUCUGCAACGGCGUUACUGGCCUCUUCCCUGGAAACUACGUGGAGUCCAUCAUGCACUAUGCUGACUAAAGACACCCCUUUUUUCUUCAGUCAUCCCAAGACCAUUAUAAAAAAAGCAUAACACUGGUCUACAAAAGCAUAUGUAUAAGUGCAUUAGAAAAUGACCGAAUGUUUGUUCCUUAUUGAAUUGCAAAUAAAAUAAAUUCUAUUUAGUUUUUUUGGUGGGAAGAUUGUGGGAUAUAAUGUAUUACUUUGAUGAGGUCCAAUGGCUUGGUUGAUCACAUGCUCAUGUCUGUCAGUUGUCCUGUCAGUUAAUUGUAUAUAAUGUUGAGGGCUGCAAUUGGGUUGUUGGUAGUGUUACUGUUAAUAUUGAUAAAUGUCCUGAGCAGUGGAUGCCACAAGUGAACAUGUUAAAGUAGGGAUUAUGUUUUAUAAUGAGUCCGGUUAUAAAUUGUGCCAUUUUCCCCCCUACCUUAUCUUCCUCAGAAGACACAAGACCAAUUUAAUGCAUUUUGGAUCCUGAAUGCAAACUUAACUGCUUGCCAGAAUUGCAGACUUUUUUUUAGAACAGUGUUUCCUGGCUACUCGUAAUUCCUGAAAUGUACUUAUCUUGCCGUGAAGCAUGCACACAAAAGAACUGUAACAUAUACUUUAUUUCCAUUAUGCUUCCAGUAUGGUGUAAUAUUUACAGUGAGCACUCAAAAUUAGUUUUUUUAAAUGAAAUGUCUGAAGCGGUUGUUUAAAGUCGUAUUCUUUUUUCUGAAAUGCUCUAAUUUGUAUUUAAAACAUUUGAUAUGAUUACAUUUACAUUAAUAAUUUCUACAUUGAGUUAUAUAUGUAAAACAAGGCUGUUUUGUUGGUAAGGUGUCUCAGAAGUCUGGAACCCUUGCCAUUUGCUUGAUACAGGUGUUGAAAUGGUUUAAAUUUCCAAUCAUUUAUAGUUACAAAAGCAAAACCUCAAGUCAUUAAAAUUUCUGUGGAGAAAAUACAUGGUUCUAAAAACUUCAGUUAAUUGGAUGUUCUGUGUUUUAGUGUUAAUGAGCUCUAUCAAACAUGGAUAUUUUAGAUGUGGCCAAAAUGUGCUCAGUUGGGUUAUAACUGUUUCUCAUCUGUCACCUAAAAAGCCAUAUGAAUAUUCCAUUUUUAAAAAUUGUAAUGAAAACCAAUACAACAUAUUCCUCUUCCUGAGAGGAAAAACAAGGGAGUUGCCAUCCUGUCAAAGUAUUGGUUUACUAUUUUUAAAAAUUUAAUUACUCCAUUAAUUGUCUAGGUUCAUAACUCAGGUCUAGUAAUCUCCUUUGUUAUUAAACAAUCACUACAACAGAGCAAGGCAAUGCCAUCUUUUCAUCUCUUAGUUUUGUACAUUUUCUGUAUUUUAUAAUGUAUGAACAUAAGUUUGAACCUUACCACUAAACCUGCUUUAAAAGGAAGUCACUCCUUCAAGUUUCACCUCUUCUUGAAAAAUCCAUUAGGUUGAAACUGACUGCUUACAGUAUAUUAAUCACCAAUGUGUGUUUCAGGAUAUUAUCGCCAAUUCCUUGAUUCUUCAGUGUACGCUUUGGUAUAUUAAAUGUGGAAAAUUGCUAAAUUCUUGCUUUCCUUUGGGAAGAACCCAAAACUUCUCUUCCAACCAUAAUUUGUAUAUAUAAAAAUGUUAAUGAAAUUUAUGUACAGCUUUUUUAUAUAAUAAAUCAUUCUCCUAUAUA